CGGGGUGCGGCAGUGUUGGCUGAGUAGUCUGGUGAGCAGGUAGUAGUCCGGGACGUAGUGGUAGUCCGUGAGAGCAGCUCCGCCCCUCCGCGACGUGUGUUAUUGUCGUGUGUCGAGCGCUUGAGAGCCGGUCGCCGUGUGGCGCCGUCACCCACUCCUCCGUCGCCUCCUUCAGCUCUAGCGCCGCCGCCGCCGUUGCCGCUCCUCGGACUCUGCACUCGGCCGCCAAGUGUGUGCGUGUGUGCCGGUGCCCCGUGCCAUUCCUGCUGGCGCUGCCGCCGCAACUGCCAGCCCUGCAAGUGCGCCUGCUGCUGCUGCUGCUGUGCCGUGCGUAUAGUGUGGGCGCCGCCAGAGUCGGGCGGUGGCGCGAGGGACGGACGUAAGGUGAGCUUGUUGCCCCGCACCUCUCCUUCCCGCCUAUCUUCACGCCAUGGAAGAUUCUGCCAGCUUCAAGGUGAGCGUGGAGUCUUGGAUGUCAGGCAUGAUUAACGGGAUGGACUCUUGCGCCCAGAACGGCACCGCCUCCUCCAACUCCUCCCAGAGCGGCCACAUCGAGGAGUCCAAGACAAACCUCAUCGUGAACUACCUGCCGCAGAACAUGACGCAGGAGGAGAUACGCUCCCUGUUCUCGUCCAUAGGCGAGCUGGAGUCGUGCAAGCUCAUCAGGGACAAAGUCACAGGUGAGUCAGGACAGAGUCUUGGCUACGGAUUUGUAAAUUACGUCCGGCAGGAUGACGCCGAGAGAGCCAUCAACCAGCUCAACGGUCUACGUCUUCAGAACAAAACUAUAAAGGUGUCGUACGCCCGCCCGAGCAGCGAAGCCAUCAAGGGCGCCAACCUGUACGUGUCGGGGUUGCCCAAGUCCAUGACGCAGCAGGACCUGGAGGGCAUGUUCAGGGCCUACGGCUCCAUCAUCACCUCGCGGAUCCUGUGCGACAACAUCACCGGCCUGUCGAAGGGCGUGGGCUUCAUCCGGUUCGACCAGCGCAUCGAGGCGGAGCGCGCCAUCCAGAAGCUGAACGGCACCAUCCCCGACGGCGCCGCGGAGCCCAUCACCGUCAAGUUCGCCAACAACCCUUCCAACAACAACAAGGCUGUCCCCCCCCUGGCCGCCUACCUCUCGCCCCUGACCCGCCGCUACGGGGGGCCCAUCCACCACCCGGCCGGCCGCUUCCGCUACAUUCCGCUCUCCCCCCUUACCAGACAUUCCUUGGUGUUCCCUCAAGUGAAAACGAUAGAUUCACUGCCGGAGGAGCCCUCAAAUCUUGCACAAGAUAUGAAAAGCAAGUUAGUGGUUCCCACUUCCAGGACGCCUGCGGGAGCUGCACGCAGGGGUCGAGAUCCUCAAAUGGCUUCCGGGGAUGAUGAUCCUGACCCAAGGUAUUCCCCAGGCUCGGGUGAUAACCUGCUGGGGAACUCCCUCCUUCCCGGCAGCGCCCUCAACGGCUCCGGCUGGUGCAUAUUCGUGUAUAACCUGGCCCCCGAGACCGAGGAGAACAUCCUGUGGCAGCUGUUCGGGCCCUUCGGCGCGGUGCAGAACGUGAAGGUGAUCCGGGACCUGCAGACCAACAAGUGCAAGGGCUUCGGCUUCGUGACGAUGACCAACUACGACGAGGCGGUGGUGGCCAUCCAGUCGCUCAACGGCUACACGCUGGGCAACCGCGUCCUCCAAGUGUCGUUCAAGACCAACAAGCACAAGAGUUAAGGUGGUGGUCCCUCCAGACGUCCGGGCUCCAGCCGCCGUGCCGCAGCCCGGGGGCCGGCUGCCGCGCCCUCCCCCGCGGGGCGGGCGCGCCACACGGCCCCCGCCGGCGUGGCCAGGACACGGGGGCCAUGUGCUCGUCAGGGCCUCGCGAGGACCCGGGCGACCCACUCCGCUCCCCGGCAGCAGCAGCAGCAGCGCCCGGUUCGCGUGGGCCGGCCCGGGCUGGGGCCAUGGCCGCCGGAGGUCGCCGCGGCCCCUGGGUCCCGCCCCUGCUGCCCGGACUGGGCCCCUCCCCCUGCCGCCGCGCGUGGCGGGGGGAGCGCGGAGGGCGUCUGGCGCCCGCACCCCGCCAUCCAAAUAUAUGUAUAUUAGAACGUACUUACUACAAACACUUUAUCAAGAGUCAUAUGAUCGUAUUAUCCCAAAGCAGAACUAGUCGGCUAAGUGAGUAUGUAUCACAAGGUGCUAGUUGCACUAAGGCCAGUAGUGGGCUCGGUCCCGAGUGCCGCUCUUCGCUGAUAUCAUUAUACUGUAAGUUGUCAAGUUGUCGAGUCCUCAAAACCGCGAGUGUGAAUGGGUUCGCGCUGACCGCGGCGCACGCGGGCGGCGGCCGGCACGGGCGGCGGGCGCGGGCGGCGCGGGGGGCGGCGGCCCAGGUCGUGCGCCCGCCCACCGCUGCCGCGGCGCCCGCCCACGCGCCCACCGCCGCCGCCCCGCCUGCGCGCGCCGGUCAUGCGCUCUUAUUUAUUGAUAUUUAUCUCAUAUUUAAUGCUAAGUGUAUUUUAUUGUCUUUACUAAUGUACACUUAAGAGAGAAAAGUGUAACGGAAUUAUGUUGCCAGUCUGUGGAAAAUAGUCAAGUAUUUUUUGUGUUGAUUUAUACGAUGAGUAUCAAUAGAAUCUCAUUUUUUUUCCUUCGACUUCUCUUCCCCUCUUCUCCGCCUCCUCCUUCCUUCCCUCCUUUCUCUCUUCCCGCUCUUGUUCUCAUUCUCGUUCUUAUUCUUUUUAGGUUGUGCCUCUUGCUUGGUAGUCACGAAAGCAAGGAUUCUAGUCCUGAAUUAAGUCAGUUUAUGUAUUUCGUAGGUUAAUUUUCCUAGGAGUAGUGUUCAUGUUCAUGAAUAAUUUACAUGUGAGGAAAUGAUAUGUUUCUUGCAUCUUCUGAUUGUGAGAUUUUCAUUUUUAUUUUAUUUUUUUUCCUCUUUGUUUUAUUUCUUUGUAAUACACCCAAAUGUCAAAAAUCACCAUUUUAGUUCUGAAUGGCUGGGAAAAUAAAUUUAGUUUGUUUAUUUGA